AUGCACUUCCAAUCGCGCGUAUCCACAACUACCGUUCACGAACUCCUCUUCGCCGACGACUGCGCCCUGAACACCACCUCGGAAGAGGAAAUGCAACGGAGCAUGGACAUGUUCUCCGCCGCCUGCGAGAACUUCUGUCUGGUCAUUAACACGCAGAUGACGUUGGUGAUGCACCAACCGCCACCCCACUCAGUCACAGCCUCCAACGCGCCGCCGCAAAUCAGCGUGAACGGUACCCAACUGCAAGUGGUGGAGAACUUCCCGUACCUGGGCAGUACUCUCUCCCGCAACACCAAGAUCGACGACGAAGUCGCCAACAGGAUCUCGAAAGCCAGUCAAGCCUUCGGUCGCCUCCAAAGCACAGUUUGGAAUUGCCACGGUCUUCAGCUGAGCACGAAGAUGAAGAUGUACAAGGACACCAUCCUGCCGACAAUACUGUAUGGAGCGGAGACUUGGACGGUGUACGCAAAGCAGGCACGUCGUCUGAACCACUUCCACCUCAGUUGUCUUCGUCGCAUUUUGAGGCUGAAGUGGCAGGAUCGAAUCCCCGACACUGAUGUGCUGGAACGGACGGGAUUCCUCAGCAUCUACGCCAUACUGGGGCAAAUUCAGCUGCGCUGGAGCGGCCACCUAGUGCGCAUGGACGACGAGCGACUACCCAAACGACUCUUCUACGGAGACGUCGCGACGGGUUCUCGCCGUCAAGGAGGCCAGAUUCGCCGUUACAAGGAUACCCUGAAGUCCUCCCUGAAACGCCUGCAAAUCAACCCCACCAACUGGGAGGAGUUCGUACUCGAUCGGCCGACCUGGAGGAGGACAGUGAAGAUAGGCGCUGCGAUCGACGAAGCCAACCGCAUCGCUGUCGCCAAAGCGAAACGCGAAGCCCGCAAAUCACAACUUCGCCCAGUACGCAACGCCGCCGCACAACCGCUUCCAACGUGUCCUCGAUGUCAACGGACAUUCCGGGCUCGAAUCGGACUUGUUGGACAUUUUCGGAUUAACUGCGCCUCUCGAACGGCACCAACCAUCGUCCCCCGCCCGCCUCUUCCUCCUCCUCUCCACCGCCAACUAACUCUGACAAUUCUUCUGACCCACUACUUCCAUCAUCCUCCUCCUCCUCCUGCUCCUUCUUCUCCUCCUCCUCCUCCUCCUCCUCCUUCUUCUUCUCCUCCUCCUCCUCGCCCACUGUUCCAACGGCGGCCGCUCAGGCGACUGUCCCACGCACAACAACCGGCACUACCACCACCUCCCCUGACUCCAGCGAUGAGGAUCAGGACUAAACCUGCCCUCACUGCGACCGUAACUUCAACUCACACGUAG